CUUACAGCAUUAUGCACGAGAACAUUUUGAAAAUAAAUGAGGUGUUGCUGAAACUCCAUGGAGGACUCCACCCGUCUGGGCUACUGUAUUGUGGCCGGCAGCUUUGUGGCCUUCCAGUUCUCCUUCUCAGCUCUCAGCCCCCAGCUGUCCUUGUCGCUGAGCCCCAGCUACGCCACCCUUCCCUCCGUCAAGCAGAAUGAAUGGAAUUCCAGGUGCGUGUCUACUCUCCAUGCAGUGAUAGUUGGCCUUUUCUGCCUCUAUAUCCUCUGGUUUGACGAUGCUGUAAAUGCCAACCCUAUCUGGGGAGACCCUUGGCUGGUCAAGCUGAAUGUCGCCAUCACCUGUGGUUAUCUGGUCUAUGAUCUGUUGCUGCUAUUACGCUACUGGAGAACACUGGGCGAUUCCCUUUUCGUUUGCCACCACUUGGCGGCGCUAUACGCUUAUGGAUACGUGUUGAGUCGUGGGGUGUUGCCCUACUUUGCCAACUUCCGUCUGAUCUCAGAGCUCUCGACACCCUUUGUGAACCUGAGGUGGUUCCUGGACACAGCUGGCUGGCCACGCUCUUCCCACCUGGUCUUGGCCAACGGCCUGGCCAUGACAGUAGUCUUCUUCCUGGUGCGUAUUGCCGUCAUCCCCAGCUAUUACAGACAGGUAUACUCCUGGUAUGGAACUCCUGAGUAUGAGCGCUUGGGCUUGGGUGUGCAGUUGGCCUGGAUUGGGCCCAGCCUGGCCUUGGAAGUGCUCAACGUGGUUUGGAUGUACCGCAUAAUCUGUGGCUUCUAUCGAGCCUUCUGCCGGUCUAAGGCACGGAAAGCACCAUGAAGAAAAACAAGUGACGGUGAACUUGGUCAGGAACCUAAGAGACCUAAAUCCUCACAGACAAACCUAGACACACCCUUCUAAUUCCCUUAGAAGCCAGUAGCUAUAGGACCUGCUCCUGACCCUCCCUAUGGGCCAGGGAACUCUGGACCCUCACAAACAGGGUAUUUGAAUUUGCCUUCCAAAUGAAAGGAAGAUGUGUGCUGUCCUGACAAGAAUCAGCAACUGUUAUGCUGGAGAGAGACAUCUGUCCACCGUCUGGAGAAGGGCUCUCAGUGGCAUUUGACACAGUUGGAGGUGUGUGUGCCCACCACAGGAAUGUUAUUUGGCCUACACUGGAAAAUGGGAAGAGCGAUACAGCUGGGUCAACUGUUGCCUGGUCUUUAUGCCUCAGCUGAGGCUGCUCAGGACAGAUGGGAUGGGACUCAGUAGAUGACCUUGAAUCGAGUGACAGGAGUUCAGUCUGUAAGUUAUCAGCUGGAGCAGUGGGCAUUGUUGCCUCGUAGUAGUAGUAGCGGGGCCUGGCUCCUUUGAAAAAAUGCUUUGGAGGAAGGACAGUAGCAAAUAAACGGGAUUCCCAUGGGGGCCAUUCUGUCAAAGGACUCCUCGGGCCCUGUUUAAAAGUUUGUUGGGAGAGAAGCUGGAAGAGAGUGAAGGGAUGGAGAACAAAAAUAUGUCCAGGGAUACAUCACAGCUGCAGAAGUACUGGGCCCCAUCAGUGGGGAGUGUGCCAAGACUAUCACUGGCAUUGGAACAACUAUACUGAAUUAUUGGGGAAUCAUUGGAAAAAGAUGAUUCACCUCUGCCAAGUCUGGUUGGAACUUCUCAUUAGCUUCCCUAUUUUAACUCGGGGGGGGGGACCCAGACCUUCUUGACUAUGCAUGCUUUUGUUCUGAAAGUUCAGAGGCAGAAAACUAGCUAUAGGUUUGAAGCAAGCUAUGAAGUUCCCAAGGGAUGGGUCAAUCCCAUUUCACAAUAACUUGAAAUAGUAUUACCUGUCACUUUAGGAUCUCAACAUUUCUUCCUCUGAUGACACUUGUCUUAUAGGAAAAUUCCCCCCUUGCACUAAAUCUUAAUAUUUUGUUGUCAGAUAAUGCAGACCCUCUGACUCCUAGCUUAUGCACCCAGUUCUUACAUCAAAUCCAGUGCAGUGGAUUAUAGUGUCCCAUUCCUACACCAUUUUUUUAAACUUGUUUUGAUGUAUUGGUUGUUUUUAAAGACUCUCAAGGGCCUGAGCAUUUGUCCUGUGCACUUAUGAAAGCAGUCAGGUAGGCCUUUUAAAAAGACACGGAGACAUGCAGUGGAACUCCCUCUCCAUUCCACCUUCCCAUGUCUUUCCCCACCUGCUUUUCAAACAUAGUCUUAUUCCCUGGGUCUUCCGCCUCUUCAGCCCUGCUGAGGACCACUCCAGCAAAUGACAAAUAGACCACAAGCACUGGUCCAGCUCUUUCCUGCAGCGCACCAAUUCCUCUUGGGUCUGCUAAUAGUGACAACCCCCAAUAGGGUUAAUUAAGGACGAAAAAAGCUUAGGGACACUAACCUCAAUGCAUAUGCAUCCUUACAUGUAUGCUUGUUUUAUUUAUUUCCCCUCCCUGGCCUUCUUCCAUGUUUGCUCUUGUAUUUUCAUCUGUAAAGGUAAAGGCUUUGAUUUCUUUCAUUAGAACCUAUGCUUCUAACAAAAUUAACACAUUUCCUAGUUGUACAAGCAUUCCCAAAUUCCCCGAGGCAUUGUUGAUUUAAUUCAUAGAGUUUGCACCUGUUCCAAACAAAACCUUAUAAUCUAAUAAUUUGCUGCAAGAUCAAAUAACUUCUUUGGUCUUCAGGUUUACUGAACGGUGUGAAAUGUUACAAUUUAGUUUCAACUAGCAUUUCCCAACUUUCAGCAGAGACAAAAGAUUUCACAGCUCUUUCUCACUCUCCUUCUGCCAUGUUCACCGUGUGCCCAAGGUAACUCAUGGUCACUGCUGCUGGCCAUAGCCAGCCCCAGUGGUUGACACCAUGUGCAUAUUGCAGCCCGUGGCCUGAGCACCUCCCCACCCCAUGUUUGGAUGAGGCACUCGUUCUUGCUCAGCCCUCUGGUUGCUGCUGGAAAUGUGUGCUAUUCUUCUCUGUGGUAAGGAAUUCAUCCUGCAAAGCGGCAGAAAGAUGCUGCCAAGGGAAUGGCACUGUGAGAUUUCAGUCUUGUGACUCUUUCUUUCAUUGAACUGAGGGCGCUACAUCUGUGCGGCCUAGACAGGGAAGAACUGCAAGGGUUUUAUGGCCAGUCUAUACAGAUAGCCCAUCAUUUGGAAAGUUCUAGCUGUGACCGUCCUAACAGUUGUCAUUCCCUGAACUGAUGCUGCACUCCAUCCCAUGACCACCACAAAUAUUACAGUGCUGUAAAUGCUUCCCUUGCUUGGGUAAGUUACUGUAUAUGGAUCAUAAUUCCCCAAGCCCUGUUCAGCACGGAAGGUGUGCUGUAUAUUGGCAGGUGUAGCCUCCCAAAGUAACUUGUCCGACCUCUGGUACCAGGCCAGCGGAUAUUGGGUGCUGUGCAUUACUGGGAGAAGCAACUGGCAGUAGAGAUGUACAUCAACCUUCUGUCUCUUUUAAGGCCUGAGUCCCAAAAUGUGCCUCUAGUUGCACGCUGCACUCGCUUUCCUCCUAUUACACUGCAGCUCUGCAUUUUGCUCCUGCAAAUCUCAGGGAGACAGCUUUGCUGUGGAACGCCAGCCAGUUCAGCCAAGGAAGUUCAGCGAAUGGAAUGGAGCCAUCUGUCUUGGAGUAUUGCACUGAACUGAUAUAACUGUGAAAUGCAUUUUUGUACCCUUUUGUCUCAGUUGCCCUCAUUACAGGAGAUGAUUGCUCCCAUUUCACAGGCAGCAAACCAAGGGCAGGGAGGAGGAAACGAGAGGGAUUCAUGGUCACUACUGAGGAAAUGGGUGCAAAUAUAUACAGUAUUAGGUUCCAUUCCCACAGCUCAACAUUUAGCUUUUGUGAAACUUUAUACAUUUUGCCCCCUGAUAUCAGAUUACCAAAAUUACUUGGAGUGGUGUAUCUUUCCUCUAUAUGCCAAUUAUUUUCUGUACCUCUGGCCUCUAGUAAUUCCACAGUUCGGAAAUGUUCUGUGUUUUUGAAUGACAACUUCUAGAACUCUUAAAGUAACAGAGCCUUAAAAUAGAGUACUUUGAGUAAUUCAGUCUUAAAACAAACCCUGUCGGAUAAGAGAAUUAUUCCACUACUGCACCAUCAAAACUAAAAGCUAAAGCCUGCCAGGCAAUUCAGCUUUAGAAGCCCCAUGGAAGUGAAUCCCCACUGAUUUUAGUGAGGCUUAAACAUGAGAAUGUUCUGGUGGAUAAUCAUUCCUCUGAAUCAAAGAAACUGACUAAGUGCCUUAGGGCACAUUUGAAUAGUCAUCCACUUUUUAAGUUUAUUUCUUAAAUCUUUACAAAUCUGCCUGGAUGCUGGGAGAGUGAGCUAUAAUUUUUAGGAGCUGCCAGUAAGAACUUUCUCCCCUAACUAUGUGCCUUAAAAGACUUUCCCAAGUACCCAGCAAUGCCUUAACAGUCUGAAAAGCACCUUUGGUUAGGUAGAAGGAGGCACUUGACAGUUUAUAUCAUUCUUUUCUUAACAAAUAUACAUCACAUAUACUGUAGAAAUUAAAAUGUUGACUUUUUUUCUCUGCAUUUGAGAAUGGUUUAAUCUUCCCUGAUGCAGUGUUUGUAAUUUUUUAAUUUCAAUUUAUUAACAACUGGAAUUGAAGAAUGUUAAUAUAAUAAAUGUGAUUAAUUUAUUCAAUUUUA